UACUUUGCUCUUCCACAUGAACAUUUCGAAUAAAUGUACACUUCACAUGUGUGAUGUGUCUCAUCCCAAGUGGCCUACUCCUCGACCGAGCUCAAUUUUGGAAAGAAAAGAAGUGUUCGUGAGGCCAGCAGAGGCGCAGCUCAUCCUGUGUCUGUCUGUGCAGGUCUCAACGCCUCAUAAUGAUGAUUGGCUGUAAAGAGUUCUUCUAGCAGAGACUUUAGGUUCAGACUCUCUGCCGUCAUUAAAAGUCAGUGUUUUCUGAAGAAAGUAGGGAUCUACCUGUUAUUAUUACAACGUUAAUGUUGUAUUUAUUGUUGCCUUGUCAAAACUGAAGUUGUUCUUAAAACUUUUCGGCUUUGCUGAAAAUAGAUAAAUAAUGUUUCUCUCGAUUGUCUUCUGUAUGUGCUCUUGGCGUCUGGUCGGAGUGUUUGGUACUGAGUCUGUGUCUGUGAUGGAGGGAGAUCCAGUCACUCUAAAUAUUGAUUUUACUGGAAUACAGAGAGAUGAUAUAAUAAUGCUGAAGUUUGGAAUUAAAGACGUGCUCAUAGCUGCAAUUGAGAGAGAGGAGAAUCAGAUCAUGUUAAUUAAUGAUGGUGUUCAUGAGAUGUUUAGAGACAAACUGAAGCUGGAUCAUCAGACUGGAUCUCUGACCAUCAUGAACAUCAGAACCACAGACUCUGGAGAAUAUAAAGUCACCAGCAUGAACAAAGGGACUCAAUUAAACAAAUUCAGUAUUACUGUCUAUGCUCGUCUCCCUGUUCCUGUCAUCAGCAGAGACUGUUCUUCAUCAUCAUCAUCAUCAAAUUGUUCAUUGGUGUGUUCAGCUGUGAAUGUGAGACAUGUGACUCUCUCCUGGUACAAAGGAAACAGUUUAUUGUCCAGCAUCAGUGUGUCUGAUCUCAGCAUCAGUCUCUCUCUACCUCUGGAGGUGGAAUAUCAGGAUAAAAACACCUACAGCUGUGUGCUGAACAAUCCCAUCAGCAACCAGACUCAACAUCUGGACAUCACUCACCUCUGUCACACAUGUUCAGACUGCAUCUGCUACUGUGGUUUUACCGAAGCCGUGAUCCGAUUGGCUCUCUCUGCUCUGGUGGGCGUGGCUACUGUUGCUGUGCUGGUUUAUGACAUCAGAUCCAGAAGUCUUCAAGAGAAGAGAAGCGAGCAAACAGCAGCAUCAAACUCUGAUUAAUCAGAUACUCAGGAAGGUGGAGAUGUUCUUAAAAUGUGCUGCAUAUAUAUUACAAAAAAAUAAUGUAUACUAUAUUCUGUAAAA